AUGAAGGUCACAUUUAAAACACUCAAACAGCAGACUUUCGAAUUGGAAUUGAAAGAGGACGACUUGGUGAGUGACGUUAAAAAGAAAAUUGAAGCGGAGAAAGGAAAUGAAUUUUCUGCUAGUUCACAGACCCUGAUACAUUCUGGUAUGUUCUCAAGUUUUAUUUCGACGAAAGCUUGA